AAACAGGUACUUUGGAUAUCUGCUAACCUGAUGGGAACUACAUAAAUUCCCGCCAAAGACAACUAACUGAACUCUCUAUAAAAAAAUCUACCCGCAGCGACCUCAAAAUCUAUUAUGCUUCAAUGGCGAUCAAGAUUCCAACUCUCCUCACUCUCUUCACCUUCCUCCUCUUCUCAACAACGACCGUAACUUCUAUCUCCACCAGCGAUCUUGACGCCCUCCUCACUCUCCUCCGCGCCAACGGCCACUCACUCUUUGCCAACGCCAUCUCCACUUCCGACCUCCUCUUCGAUCUCCUCUCUCUCCCUUCUUUAACUCUUCUUGCCCCCACUGACCCUUCCCUUUUUGCCCUCGACAUGGCCCAAACACCCUCGUUUUAUCUCUCCACUCUCCGCCUCCACGCCCUAACCCGCCGCGUCUCUUGGUCAAGCUUCCUUCACCUCCCCAACGGCUCCUCCCUCCCCACGCUCUUGCCCUCGCGUCAAUUACGCCUUACCAGACGCGAUGGCGCCAAUGUUGUUCUGGUUGUUUCUUCAGGCGGCGGCGCCGCCGUUCAGGUUGUCAUGCCGGGGUUGUUCUAUGGUAACCAUGUUGCUGUACAUGGAUUGGCCGGGAUUCUCACUUUUCGCUUCAAGACAGCCGACUAUUCGGUUUCUCACCCGAAUCGCACCGUUUUCUAUCCUCCGGUUACAAGAUUUCCGUUUGCUCCGUUAAGAAUUCCAGAGAUUUUGCCGACUAACCACAACAAUCACCAUUCUCCGGUUAACCGCACCGUUCUUUCUCCUCCGGUGCUGAUUGAUCACAGCAACGAUUCAGAUCAUGUCUCUCCAGUUAACCGCACAGUUGUUUCUCCUCUGGUGCCGACAGACAUCAGAAACCAUACAGACCAUGUCUCUCCGGUUAACCGCACCAUUCUUUCUCCUGCGGUUAACUACUCCUCAGCCUCUCCUUCACCAAAUCCAACAGAUUCUUCUCCUGUUCCAGCACCGGCUCCUAUACCAGGUCAUGAUGCUAACGCGGCGCCGAAACUGCAGAAAAAUAGUGAUGUGGCAACGGGAUCAAGCGAAUUUGUAGUGUCCCCGGGGUUUGUCGGCACAGGCGACGAUGACGGAGGGGUAGAGAACCAGAUGGGGUGGUGAAGUGAGAAUGUGGAACGUGGAGAAAUGUGACGCGUUGAAAGAAGUAUGCUGAUGUAUGGUUUGCAUUGCAAUGUAUGACACGACAUGAGCGGUAAAAUCAAGUGAGAGUUUUUGCUUGGAUAGCGAUUUUUGAGUGAACAUUCAUAGUAGGAAAGGAAUUGCUAUUUCCUUAUUCAAUUAAUUGACACCCAAAUUGCAUUUCUUGUAAUUUUACCAAUAUUAGAGGCUCACCCAAAAUCUACCCUCCAAUGCAAAAUUACCCAUUACAUGUUCUUUAAAUUUCGGUUUUUAAC